GACUGUGAUAUAUACACCAGUGACAGCCGCGACACUUUGUGUACAAGCGCGAUGGGGCUUCUUUCCUGUACCCUGUCCUGUUCAACACCGGCCGGGCAGUACCGCCUCCAGGCUCCACUCUAGUGUCUGAGUGAAGAAACUUUGUGGUGUUGCGCUUUGUCUCUGUUUCCACCCCGCCACUGGGAUUGCUGUGCAAAGAUCGGUUACAGGAAUGUUCCUACCUGCAAUGCCGUGCUGGUAGAGGCGGGGAAGCAUACUAUACAGCCUUGCUGUGCUGAUUUCCAGGAACCCUAACUGGAACAGAACGGAGAUCCUGCUUGCAAGCUCUCGCCCGAGUACGACCCGUCUGGAGUUUGACACGCGUUGAAGCUGUCUGUCCUGCCAAGCACUGACUCGGCUCCACUGCUGAUCGGUGCAUGACAAUUGAAAAUAAUUAUAUUUUUUUUUUUUUAUUGGCCGCGGCGAUAGAUGGGUUUCGUGCAGACUACUGUGUCUUGAGUUAUGUGUAGUCCGUGUUUUCCGGGAUCAUGACGCUGCCAGCCUCCUGAGUUUUAUUAGUCGUAAUAACACGGCAAUUUACUGGUAGUGGAACCAGCCCGAACAGCAGAAGCGAAUUAUUCCAAGCAGCGCGACCCGAGAUCCGAUUCCGCCAUCUCUCACAGUUUGCACGCUGGCACUUCCACCACCCCCCCACCCCUCCCCCCGAGUGAGGCUCUGACUGGAUGGAUAGGAUGAAGAUAAUCAAGCGUCGCCUGUCAAUGUCUCUGCGCAGCGCCCGUCCCGUUGACGACUCGCUGUCCGAGCUGGCAGAGCAGAUCACUCUGGACGAGCCCAACGGUGCCCACGACAACGAGCCGAUGGUUCGUGUGGCGCACCCCCCCGCCUCUCGCAGCGCCCCCUCUUUCCUGCGGCAGUACGCUGGCUCGUUGGGGCGCGCAGCCCUGCUUAGGGACCCGGGAUCCGGCCGGCUGGGCGAGCGGCCCUACCUCUCCCUCGAAAGGACAAGCUCGCUCGGCAUCGUCCAUGAGAAUGUGAAGAUGGGCUCCGACGGGGAGAGUGACCAGGCCUCCGGGACCUCCUCCGACGAGGUGCAGUCCCCGGUGCGAGUGCGCAUGAGGAACCACCACAACCGGCGCAUCUCCACCGAGGACAUUAACAAGCGCCUGUCCCUGCCUGCGGAUAUCCGGCUACCGGAGGGCUACCUGGAGAAGUUUGCCAUGAACAGCCCGCCCUUCGACAAGCCCAUGAGCCGGCGACUGCGGCGCGCAUCCCUGUCGGAGAUUGGCUUCGGGAAGCUAGAAACUUACAUCAAGCUGGACAAGCUGGGAGAGGGGACCUACGCCACAGUGUUCAAGGGCAGAAGCAAAUUGACAGACAACCUGGUGGCGCUGAAGGAGAUCAGACUGGAGCAUGAGGAGGGGGCUCCCUGCACAGCUAUCAGAGAGGUGUCUCUGCUGAAAGACCUGAAGCAUGCCAACAUCGUCACUCUGCACGACAUUAUCCACACGGACAAGUCGCUCACCCUCGUCUUCGAGUACCUGGAGAAGGACCUGAAGCAGUACAUGGAUGACUGCGGGAACAUCAUGAGUGUGCACAAUGCCAAGAUCUUCCUGUUCCAGCUGCUUCGCGGGCUCUCCUACUGUCACAGGCGGAAGGUGCUGCACCGGGACCUCAAGCCGCAGAACCUGCUCAUCAACGACAAGGGGGAGCUCAAGCUGGCUGACUUCGGUCUGGCUCGGGCCAAGUCUGUCCCCACCAAGACGUACUCCAAUGAGGUGGUGACACUGUGGUACCGGCCCCCCGACGUGCUGCUGGGCACUACAGAGUACUCCACCCCCAUCGACAUGUGGGGCGUGGGGUGCAUAUUCUACGAGAUGGUGACGGGGCGCCCUCUCUUCCCCGGCUCCACAGUAGAAGAUGAACUCCAUUUGAUAUUCAGGAUACUGGGGACGCCCACGGAGGAGACGUGGCCAGGGGUCGCCACCAGUGAAGAGUUCAAGACAUAUAAAUUCCCCCGCUACCGAGCAGAGCCGCUCGUGAACCAUGCCCCCAGGAUAGACAGCGACGGUCUGGAUCUGCUGUCUAAGCUUCUACAGUUUGAAGCCAAGAGGCGCAUGUCUGCGGAGGAGGCCCUUCGGCACCCGUACUUCAAAAGCUUUGGAGAGGCGGUGCAGACGCUCCCUGACACUGCGUCCAUCUUCUCUGUGAAAGAGAUCCAGCUGCAGAGAGACCCAGGGAAGCGAUCGUUGGGACACCCUGAAGCAGCGUCUCGUAAACUUGGCUCUGCCUCCUCGGAAUAUUUCCAGAAAGACGGAGCGAAACCACGGACACAUUGUCACGUUCUCACCUCCCCCUCCACCAGCUGAACUCUCGUCCCACUCUGCCCAGGGAAAGAACCGACGGCAGAGCAUGCUAUUUUAGUGCGUUGGUGGCGAGGCCAGCGCUGCAUUGGAAGAGAGCCGGCUGUCUGGAGGACUAGAAAGAAACCAAAUCUGUGCUGCUGAGGACAUUUUUUUGGGAGUGCCUUUCCAUCCCCCACACCACCCCCCAUCAUCCAUCCUACCCCCCUACCCCUACCUCUAACCCGCCUCUACCCCACGCUUGAGGGGGAACCAGAGAACCGCUGAGCUCCUGAGAAGCACCAAGGAGCCUUCUGUAAAUAGAACAAUAGAACAGACCCUCCCACUGCCGCCAAUGAUGGACUUUCCAGAGAACAUCCCCGAUCGGGCAAAAUCCCACCAACUCCUGUGCCAGUGGGGGUGCCAACUCGCAGAUAGAUUUUUGUUUAGUUUUAUUGAAUUUUAGUGCUGGAGGAAAUCAUGUAGGAAGAUUGGAAAUUCAAGGGGGGUCGGGGGGGAAUCUGAGCUUCCCUUAUACCUCUGAUUCCUUCAGAUUUCAGGAGAGAGGGGUGUGUGCGAGAGGGAGGGAGUGGUUUUGCAGCCAAAUCAAGUUUUUCGGGUACGGACAAAUAUAUUUGGAUUUCACAUCCCCUACAUAUGUAUGUAUAACUCGUUUGCAGUUUAAUUGACUGAAACAAAUAUUUAUAUUGUAUAUUCAGAUUAGUUAAAAAAAUGAAGCAUGCCUGGGCUGUUAGCAAAUGAGCAUUUGGAGAACAGGGAAAAAUUGAGCCUUUGCAAUGUGCAUCCAGCAGAGGGCGGCCAUGCAGUUUUAAAAAAUCAAUUGCAAUUCAAACAAAAUUAUUCAUUUCCAAUUUAAAGGGGAUGUGAAAUUAACCCCACUUCCCCCCUCUCUCCAGCCUGCUUUCUUGUACCAGCACACAGGGUAAUGAAAAGGUCGUUACUGGCAUGCUGUGUCCCCAGUAUUGUCUUCCACUCCCUGUACUGGGAUUAGUGCUGUCUCUCAUUCUGUAUACUAAGACCCCCCACCCUUCCCCAAACUUGAACCAAUCAUGAUCGCCAUGAUGAGGCCAUUGCAUUGUCUUCCACUAUAUACUGUAUGAUAACUUGUAUCGACUCCCAGUCCAGUCUCCGUUUAGGAUCCAGUCUCCCAGUUUCUUCACCGGGGCCAGCCCACUUCUCUCUUUUUUUGCAUCUGGGACCAGUCAAGUAACAGACAAGGAAAGCUGGAAUCUGGAGGAGCUGUGUGAAGUCACAUGAGAAUUUUAACUGACCGGAUUUCUCAAUAGGCAGGCACUAUAGAAUACCUGUCAAUUAUUUUUAGAAGCGUAAGAUUUUUUUUAAAUUUAUUAUUUUAGGAUGACAAACCAUGCUGUGAUCUGACACCCCCUCCCCCUAAACAGUAAAACAGAAACAAAAC